GCAUCCGGUUGAGAGUACAAGGCCUAGCAAGUAGUCACACCCAACGACUCACGACCACACUGGACUGGACUUUGAAAUCUCAAGCACUCUAACACAACCACCAUUCGAUAAGAUAAGGUGUGAUGGGUGAACUUGUAGUGUACGUACGAUGUGCUCAUUGUGCUCACUGCGCCUUUAAAACAUGACAGCUCGAGUGUCAUUCUGAAUAUGGUCUCUCUCUCUCUCUCUCUCUCUCUCUCUCAUUAUAGUUUAUGUUUUUCGCUCGAGAUUCACUGACAAGUAGCUCCCGCCAGCUGCUCCUUUAAUUUGGUCCUCGGAAUCGCCAGUUUCAGCUGCUGUUGGGUACAAGACCUUCGUUCGAGGACUGAGCUUGUCAUUCUGGAUCUGUGCAUCGAAGUGCUUCGGACUAAGAACCCGCUCGAAGCAGCUUCGAGGAUUUGAAAGAGGUUCGUUGCAUCUUCUGGAACGAAAUGGGCCCAGCAAGAAACUUACGAGCGCGUACGACGGUGUUCUAUGGGGGAGGGUACCAUGGGAGGGGCAACUGGCAACUGUAUCUGGUGAUUGCUUUUGGUCUGUGUGGGACAGCAGGUCUGGUCUCCAUUUUGAGGAAAAUGCAGCGAAGAAAUAUGGAGAACAAAAGGACUUUAGUCCAAUGGACCGGCUUUUUCGCCGUGGCGACACUCUGCUUGUGCGUUCCUGCCAUCGUUGUUCUAUGCGGGAGCCCGUCGAAUACUGUGGGAAUCAUUGCCAUCGUUAGUAUCGGCUUUCUGCUUUUGCCGCUCGUCGUGUGGAUUGUCAUGGCUCUCAGGAGGGCUCGUCGUCUACACGAGAAGAAUUUCGGGGUGGUCAAACCAAAACCGAAUGAUGAUGCGCAUGCAGCACACGCCGGUACCAAAAUUGAUGACACUCAGUAUCCAUCUUUCGUGCCGCAAGCCAGCCGCCCUUCGACGGCGGCGGUCGACGUCGAUGGAAAACCCCACGUCUCAGGCCACACGAAACCCCACGGCUACGGUUGAAGUGCUUUUUCAGAACCUCUGGGGCCUUAACCACGAAGAAAAUCAUCGUUCCCUUUGUUUGUGCCAGCCGCGAGCGUCGAGCCAGAGUUCUCACUUCGUUGCGAGGAGAAUUUCGACAGGUCUCUCUCACAUCGUCGUCCGAUCGAGCCGAUCUUUCUUUCUCAGCUACCAUCGACAAUUUCUGCCCGACCUGGAGCUUGUGGAAAAUUCUCUUCAGUCCGGUCGGUCAGAAGAGAAGGAAUGGAGCUUUUGAAGCCUGGCUGGCUUCCUUAUUUUUUGCUGGGACACGUUUCACGGAAAAAAUUGCAUAUUGCUAAGAGGUCUUUCAUUCUUGGUGGGCAGGUUGCUGGGAGAUGCUAAUGCUCUCAGAUCACCGUUGGCAGUCCUUCAGUUACAACAACCUCGUGUCUGCACAAAUGUUUCAUCGGCAGAUGAAGAUAGACAGUCGAUGCGUGCCUUUUGGUGACCGAGACAAGACAGAGGCUCAGCUUCUCCAUGUACAUAUGAAUCUGAAGCUCUUUCUCCCGAUCCUCACUCUGAAGCGGAUUUUACAGAUCGCCUCUGAGAGCGAGCUCACAGACGACUCUGUGUACUCGUAGAGCUGAGACCCAAACUUGGCUGCUUAGCUUUGCUUGUUUCGAAACGAGAGUCCUGUCACCACCAAGAACUCUGGCUCCGUAAUAGCCCAAUUUCGGUUCUCCGUAAUUUGUGGGCUGUACCGGGGCCACAUUUGGACCCGUUCUUCUAAGCUCUAUGCUAUAAAUAAAUCCUCUACAUGCAAAAAAACACCUACGUAUAUGUUCUUUGUAACGUUUGGUGAUUGAUUCGGUCCCUCUUGCUAUUCACUUGGAACCGAUACUU